AUGGACACCACAUCGAAUUUUAUUAAUCAUGAUUUUCAAAUUGUUAUUUUGACGAAUCAAUUAUCAGAUUCAAUUCUUUUGGAGAUUCAUCGAUUUAUUCAAAACAACUACUUCAAUAAAAAAAAAAUCGAAUUAGUAUGUGUUAAUAACGAUAAUAAUAUCGAAUCAUUCAAACAGAACAUAUCGUCAAUAGAUUUGUUCAAUAUCAAAUAUGUGUUGGAAAAUAAAUAUUCAAUUGAUCUUUAUUUUAAAUCAUGGUUAUUAAAUAACGAUCAUGAAAAUGAACAUCUUCAAUUGUAUUUACCUCCAAUUGAAAAAACUGAGUACAUUGAUCAUUCGUGGCAUAUGAUUCGAUGUGAUUUACAAGAAAUAUUAAUUGAUCCUCAUCAUCAAGUUAAUCAUGAUAGAUUUUUUAUUUACACUGAACCAUCAAGAAUAUCAACUUUAACUGAAAAUUCUUCUUCAUCAUUAUCAUUGGCAAUUUAUCAAUUAAAAGCAUUGAAUUUUAUUAAACAAACAAAUUAUUGUAUAUCAAUGAUAUUUGGCAUGCCACUCCUUGUAAUAUCAUCAUCAUGUCAUAAAUAUGAUAUUGAAUCAAUUGAAAACAAUGAAAUUGCUUUUGACACUUUAACAGAGUAUUUACGUCAAAAUGAAUUAAUGUUAAUUUGCCGUUUGAAUGAUUGCUCAUCGUCAUUAUUAAUAAUGAAUUCAUCAUUUUCUGGACAUUUUGUUCUUUCAGUUGCUUCAGAACGUAGUUUAAUAUUACGUUCAAUUGCUUCUAGUGAACUUCUUUUACCAUUACCAAACUUAACACGUCAAAUAAUCAAACAUGAACAAAAACAAAAUGAUGAAAACUUAUUUAAAAGUUUAUCAAAUAUGAAUAUUGAAGAUGAAGAAUAUAAUCCAUUAUAUUAUGAAGCUCGUAAGAGUAAAAUAACUUUAAAUACAAAUCUCAUUUGA